CGGACACGGAUACCUGACACGACACUUACACUGACAUAUGUCUGUAAUAAUUUGAGAAAAUGAAUACAUUUACACGUGUCGAAGACGGAAUACACAUUGUUGCUACUGAGAUUUUGAUUGUUAUAAAUUUUCAAGUUAAAAUUGAAACUGUAGUGUUAAUAUGGAGUGAAAUUUUGUGAUUAUGUUGGUUUGUUAAUUACUGUAUUGUUGUUAUUCAAACUUAAUUUGAUGUUUAUGAAUGAGUAUGUCACAUAAUUUGAAUAUUGUUUUUGAUUAUUUUGGGACUAGUUUUACCUUUUGUUAUUGGAAUGAUCUUGUUUAUUUAUGAUACAUUGAUACUGGUACUGAUAAUUUUAAAAAAUUACAAAAUUCAAAGUAAUCAUGUGUGUUGGUGUCGUGUCGGACUCACCUUCGAUCAGAAGUGUCGGGGCUAUAGAGUUGUUUACUUUGUAUUAGAGGGAGAAAAAUGAUAUUUUUUUUGAAAAAAGAGGGAGAAAAAUGAUGUUGAAAAAUGUUUUGCGUUUUAAGUUAGUUUGUUAACUUAGAGGUUUUUGAUGCGGAAUCCUUAAGACAAUGAAGUUACUGGAAUUGAAUGGUUUUUUUACUUGGAUUUUUUAGUUCGAUUUCAGUUGUUGAGUUGUCAUGAUGGUGUAAUUACCGGAAAUGGAUGUUUUGACGUGGAUUUUUUAGUUUGCUUUUAGUUGUUAAAAUGCCAUGAUGGUGCAAUUGCCAGAAAUUAAUUGUUGUGACUUGUAUUUUGAGUUUGGUUCUAGUUCAUGAAAUUGCCAAAAAUGAAUGGUUUUAACUUGGAUUUAUUAGUUUUGUUUUAUUUGUUGAUUCAUCGUGGUGGUGAAAUUGUCAGAAUAUAAUGGUUUUGACUUGCAUUAUUUAGUUUAGUUUUAGUUGCAAUUGUCAGAAAUGAAUGGGUUUUGGCUUGUAUUUUAUUUUUAUUUUUAUGGGUCAAUUAGAGUUUUGUAUCAAGAGGUGUCUGCUUUUGUGCUUGGUCAUUCAAUUGAUACGAAAAGGCACAUGUGGUUGAAAAUGGUUUACUUUUAUAGCUUAUUCAAUAUCAGAAAAUGUCUCAAACCAAGUAGACUCUUGAUUUUUUACUGUCAUUUUCAUUUCAGAUGAAAUGUUUUACUCAAUAAUUUUGUGAUGUUGGAAACUAGAUUUUGUCUUUUUUAAUAUUUCUUUCUUAAAAUCAUAAAACAAAAAUAAACUAAAAGCAAGAUGAUACUUUUGCAAUUAUCAGCGAACAAUUAAGAAUGAUCUGUAAAUAGUAAGAAAAAAUGGACCUUGUUGGCCAUAGGUUGUUUGCACUUUGUAAUGAAUGGUAUUCAUUGAUACAAUAUGCAGAGAGCAAAGUUAGUAAGAUGUGCAAGUAGAUUUUGGGUUAUUUUUUCUUUUUCAAUUGUAAUUAUUUUUGUCACUCUUGUUAUCACUUGCAUUUAUGGUAGAGUUUAAAAUGCCGCAGUUGUCUUUAUGAUACUGAUAUUGAGGAAGGUAUGGCUUCAAAUUAGGAGUCCACACAUGAUGGGAAUGAUACUAAUUUGUGGCGACCAAGCUGCGCUACUGUUAGGAUAUCAAGUAUUAGAUAAUUAGAGUAGUUACGAGUUAGUAGAAGUUAGUUAGUAAGUUGAUAAGAUUGUUUGGUGAUUUUUAAGAGUUGUCAUUUUGUUAUUAUUAGAAAGUAUUUAAAUAGCCCUCAAUUGGUAGAGGGGAAGGAGAGCUUUGAAUAAUUAAAUUUUGUGAGUAAAGAAUUAUCUAGUGGGAAAUGAGAGUUCUCCUUUGGGUGUAGCUUCUUGUGCAAGGUUAUCAUCUUCACUUUAUACCUCUUGUAUCUUCUCUUUUAAUCUCUCUUACACCGAUAUGUAAUCCUUCAUUUAUUUUCAAUCUUGGAAUUCUUUCUUGCUCAGAGAGGGUAUUCUAACAGAUACAUAUUGCUUCCAACCCAUUUUUUCUUGAAAGAACUAAGCACAUAGAGAUCGACUGUCACUUUGCAAGAGAUUAGAUUCUUUCAGAAGAAAUCGUAACUGAUUUUGUUGGUACAAAUGAUCAAUUGUCUGGCAUAUUUACGAGGUCCCUUAGAGGACCUCAGGUUGAAUCUAUUUGUUACAAGCUUGGUGCAUAUGACAAGUAUGCUCCAGCUUGAGGAGGAGUGUUAGAAUUAAGUAAAUCUUUCAAAAUUCCUUUAAUUGUACAACUUCCUAAAGUGAAAUAUUUUCCGUGAAGACCUUGUAAAGUAAUUCAGGGUUCAGGAUAUGAUCGGUAAACCUUGGAGCUGCAGUUUGAACGUUGAAUACAUUAUAUUCUCAAUUGUUGAUUUAUGAAUGCUGUCGUUACUGAACUGAGACAACAAAUUGUGCCAAAGCCCUAGUAAUUACAACUUAGAAGCUGUGUAGUUUUUUCAAAUGUCCGGCGCUGCUAUGGAAAUUGUGAAAUCUGAGAUGAAAUCCUACAUCUGGCUUCAAACUGAGGAUGGUUCUAUUCAACAAGUAGAAGCGGAGGUUGCGAUGUUUUGCCCUAUGAUUUUCAAUGAAGUAAUUCAGACAGGCAUGGGGUCUUCCAAAACUUAUGCUAUAUCUCUUCCGCAACGUGUCACUCCUGCAAUGUUGGGUUUAGUACUUGAUUACUGUAGGUUCCACCGAGCACCGGGACGUUCUAAUAAGGAGCGCAAAACUUUUGAUGAGAAAUUUAUCCGUAUUGAUACAAAGAAGUUAUGCGAGUUGGCGUCUGCUGCACACUACCUUCGACUGAGGCCUUUGGUUGAUCUGACCACCCGGGCACUUGCUCGGAAGAUUGAAGGAAAAACUCCUGAAGAGAUUCGUGAAACAUUUCAUUUGCCUGAUGAUCUCACUGAGGAGGAGAAGCUUGAGCCUAUCAAAAACAUAACUGAUGAUCCACAUAUCCGACUUUUGAAUAGAUUAUAUGCUAGAAAGAGGAGAGAAUUAAAAGAGAGGAAUAAAUUGAAGGAUGUUGAGGUUGAGGAGGAACCAAAGGAUGAACGCUCAGUUGAUGAUCUGCUUUCAUUUAUUAAUGGCCCAGAUGGAGAUAUAAAAGGAACUAGAUCAAACAAGAAUAAAAAGAAGAAUAGGAGAAGGAAAGACACCGCAAAAGAUCCGUCUUUUAGAAGUGCAAAUGAAAAUCAUAGUAAGGAGUUCAAUCCUCUUCCUUCUGCAUAUCAUAAUGCCAAUUUUGAAGAUGCCUUAGAGGCCUCUGGCGUGCAAGAUCAUAUUGCUGUUAAUUUUUCUUCAAAGAUCGAGUUUAAUGAAAGUGAUUUUGAUGAUGAUGACUUCGAUCCUGCAAUGAAGGAGGAGCUUGACAGGGAAGUUGAAGAUUUUGCACGCAGAUUAAAUUCAGAUUGGCCUGCAAGGAUUCAAAUUUUACCUUCACACCAAAACAGAAGACUAACACCAAUUUCCAUGAAUAGCAAUGGUUCAACCAACCGAUGUACAAGUUUUGGUCGGAGAUAGUGCAGCCAGUACUGUCAGAUACUUUAAUUUCCAAGGCGAGUAAAGGCAGGCCGGGUGCAAGGGGUGCUGCUGGUGAUAUUCAGUACCCGCUUUUCGUUCUUGAGUGAUGCUCAUGCUGUUGCCUACCAAUGCUUGUGUUUUGGAUUUUAAAUGUCAUGCUACGGUUAUUAUUUUUAAGCAUGGUAACUUUUUUUCUUUUCGCAAUUGGCGGCAUAUACCACAAUAGAUUAAAGCCAAUGUUUUGACGAAAAAUCGAGAUUUUACUUUUGAGAACAAAACUAGUGAGGUUUAACAAAAUUUUUAUCCACUCCGUAGUGACAACAACCACAAAUGAGUCCUUGGUGUUUUUUAUGCCAUGAUCUCAAGUAAUUUGAUAACCAUGGAAUUCCAAAUUUUUAUGUAGUACAAAUUUAAUUUGUUUACAAGUA